AUGGGCAACAAUGAAUCAAACAUCUCCUCCUUUAUUGCUCGUCUUCAUCAGGCAUUUGCUAUUAAAGAUUUGGGUGAUCUAAAUUAUUUUCUGGGCAUAGAAGUUUUGUAUACUUUAGAUGGGCUCUUUCUUAGUCAAACUAAAUAUGCCAAAGAUAUCCUCACAAGAGCUAACUUACUUGAGUCCAAACCUGUUUCUACUCCAUUGCCUACACAUGAGAUUUUUCAAUCUCAAGGUGUGCCUUUCUCCGAUCCGACUCUCUAUCAAUCUUUAGUGGGUGCUCUUAAAUAUUUGACCAUCACUAGACUCGAUCUUUCAUAUGCAGUUAACCAAACAAGUCAAUAUCUACAUACUCCUACUAAUGAUCAUUUUCAGUUAGUUAAGCGUAUCUUACACUAUAUCAAAGGCACGAUUUCCUUUGCGCUCACAUUUAAACGUCCCCAUUCCAAUCACAUCUUGGGCUACUCGGAUGCUGAUUGGGCUCGAUGCAUUGGAAUGAGACGAUCUACUUAUGGUUAUUCUAUUUUUCUUGGUGGAAACUUGAUCUCAUGGAGUGCUAAGAAGCAACCAACUGUCUCCAGGUCUAGCUGUGAGUCUGAGUAUAGGGCUAUUACCAACGUUGCUGCAGAAAUCGUAUGGAUUACACAUCUUUUGCAUGAGCUUCAUGCACUACCUCCGGGCAUUCCCAAUUUAUCGUGUAAAAAUAAAAGUGCACUUUUUCUGAAUCAAAACCCGGUCUCUCAUAAGCAUGCAAAACACAUUGAUUUAGACUACCACUUUGUUAGAGAACUUGUUGCUUCUAGUAAACUUCACACCAAGUCUGAACACAGAUCAUAUGGGGCUGUGGGGAUUGGCCACUACCAACCCACCGAAAAAAUGGUGUCAUCUCUACGUCACGUCAACUUCACACCCAACCCACCAGUAACCUACUACACAUAG